AUGGCUGCCCUUCAACCUCUGGUGGAGCCCAACAUCCUCAAAAAGAGGUCCAAGCAGUUCUGGCACCAAUCAGACCGAUACCUCACGAUUGAGCAAAACUGGCAGAAACCCAGAAUUAUCAGCAACAGGGUGCAGAGAAGACUAAAGAACAACAUUCUGAUGCCCAAAAUUGAUGAUGGGAGUAGCAAGGAGACCAAGUACACGCUGCCCAUUGGCUUCAGGAAGUUCCUGAGUACCCACUCUACAGAAUGCUACUUUCCGAGCAUGACUGCCACCGUCUUCGUCAGCACAGCGGUGACCACUUGUAAGAGGCUCCGAGAACAGGCUUGA